AAGAAUUAGCCUUUUGUUGACAUCUUCUUCUCUCUGUUUUAAAGAGUUUCAUCCUUAUCCAUUCCAUCUAUUUCUCUCUCUCUCUUACAUUUCAGUUGAUUUGAUCUUCUUCUUAAAUUCUCACCUUCGGUUUUAGAUUUGGGAUCCUUCUUUAAAAAUGAACAAAGGCAGCAGCUUUAAGCUUGACAACGAUUACGAAAAGAGGAAAGCUGAAGCGGAUAGGAUCAGGGAGAAGUACCCUGAUAGAAUUCCGGUGAUUGUGGAGAAGGCUGAGAAAAGUGAUAUCCCAAACAUUGACAAGAAAAAAUACCUCGUGCCAUCAGACCUAACGGUAGGGCAAUUCGUGUAUGUGAUUCGAAAGAGGAUCAAACUGAGUGCAGAGAAAGCUAUCUUCAUAUUCGUUGACAACGUUCUUCCUCCUACAGGAGAGAUCAUGUCAAGCGUCUACGAGGAGAAGAAAGACCAAGAUGGCUUCCUUUACAUCACGUACAGUGGCGAGAACACGUUUGGUGCUUCCUCAAUCUGAAUCCUCUGACCUGAUGAUGAGAAACGCAUAUGUGUUCUGAUGUUUCCCACAAUCUUUCAACUUUGUGUAUAUAAUAAGAAGUAUCAUUCUCGAUCAGCAGAAUCUUCUCAAGAUUUGUGAUUUAUUUCCUUUUUUAAUAAUGUAAAUUACGACUAAUAUGAAAUAUUCUCUUCAUUGACAUUAUUAUUAGGGUAAAUUUGGAAAAAUACAUUUAUCUAAGAUUUUGUUUUG